UUCGAACGGUGUGUACAAUGCGUUUGUAAGAUUUCUUCCUUAUGAGGUCGCAGUUUGGUGAACUCUUUUCAAUAACUUGGUUCAUGUGACUCAAGAAGUUAAACAAGUAAAAAAGAUGACAGACGAACGUGAAGGAGGCGACAUAACUGCCGCAGACAUGAUACCUCCCCUGACUGAACCAUCCCAGAUCCAGCAGUAUUUCGAUGGGACAACGGUAUUCUUAACGGGUGCCACAGGAUUUUUAGGGAAAUUGAUAACGGAAAAAUUAUUGAGAUCCUGUCCGGAUUUGAAGAAAUGUUACAUUAUGAUUCGCCAGAAAAAAGGGAAAACUGCGGAGCAACGGCUGGAAGAAAUGUUUGAUGGAGUGUUGUUUGAUCGAUUAAGAAGGGAGAAUUCAAAGGCCUUUGAUAAAGUAAGCAUGAUUUACGGCGAUCUGGUUGAACCCAAUUUGGGACUAUCGGAAGAAGACAAACAAAGAAUUUUGGCAGAAGUUAACUGCAUCUUUCAUGUUGCUGCGACCGUAAGAUUCGAUGAAAAGAUUCGGGUGUCCACAUACAUAAAUAUUAGAGCCACAAGAGACUUGUUACGUAUGGCCAAAGACAUGAAGAACCUCAAGUCUUUCAUCCACGUAUCCACAGCAUAUUCCCAUUGUCCCAGAAAAGAAAUCGACGAGCAAUUUUACGAGCCUCCCAUUACAGCCGAUAAACUUUUGAACGUUGUCGAAUCACUAGACGAUGAAACCCUUACAGCAAUCACCCCCGCACUUCUAGGUCAGUUUCCCAACACUUACGUCUAUACCAAAGCUAUAGCCGAAGACGUUGUCAAAAAGGAGGGUGCAGGACUUCCGGUUGCUAUGAUAAGGCCUUCCAUAGUUCUUGCUACUUCAAAGGAACCAGUGGCAGGAUGGAUUGAUAACCUGUACGGAGCUACGGGGAUAAUUGUGGGUGCAGCUCUGGGGUUGAUACGAACUCUGCACUGUGACCCGGAGAAACUGGCAGACAUGGUGCCGGCCGAUAACGUUAUCAAUUGUGCCAUUGCGGCCGCAUGGGAUGUUGGAAAACGAAAAUGUCUUAAUAACAAUGUGGAAAGUAAUUUUCAAGAAAACGAAGUUGAAGAAAACGGAGUUGCUGUAUACAACUACGUAUCGUCACCAGAAAAACCCAUAAGAUGGAAAGAGUGGAAAAGAUUAGGAGAAAAACAUGGUCCCGCCGUACCUUCCCCUUUGUUAGUAUGGCACUACUGCUUUUUCCUUAAUUCUAACUAUUACAUACACUGGCUCUGUUUGAUACUCCUCCAAAGAAUUCCAGCCUACAUAGUCGACUUUUUGGCCUACUGCGUAGGUAAAAAACCCAUGUUAGUUAAAGGGUACCAAAAGAUCGAAAAAUUCCUAAACGUCAUUUCGUAUUUCGCUACAAGGACAUGGUUAUUCCGAAACAAAAACACCAGAAACCUGUGGACUAAACUGAACGAAGAAGAUCAAAAGUUGUUCAUGUUCGAUAUGGGACGGUUCGAAUGGGACUCGUAUUUUUAUACGUAUAUAAGGGGGGGACGGGUGUAUCUCCUUAAAGACCCCCUUGACACGAUACCCCAGGGCCGAGUGAAAUAUUACAAACUUAAACUAGCCCAUUACACCCUAGUGACAGUGCUCGCGUUGAUCUUCCUCAAGUUAAUUUUGGUUUUGUGGAAUUUGAUUUUUUGAAACUUUAGUUUUUUACGUUUUUAUAUAUAUAUGUUAUAAUG